AUCUUUCCCUCCCUUGUCUCGGGAACCAAACUACUGUUGGAUAUUACUACGUCUCAAUCUCAGCCAUCCAUGUUCCAAACAAACUUUAUUGCCACAAAACCCUUCCCCCGCAUGAUCAAUGUUCAUUUGCGUUUAUCCCCACAUCACGGCUGCUACACAAAUCCUGCCGUCCCCUUGCCACCGGUAUAUCCGCGUCUAGAAUUAACCUGCUAACCCUUGUCUAUCCUGACUCCUAAGAUGGGUACUAGGGCCACCAAGGGAAACACGAAUGCAACAUGCAAAUCCUUUUUGUUGGCGCCUACCCGGCGAUUUUAUUUUCUCUCCGUCCCCUUGAUGAACUGAUGUGAUCUGCAGAUUUUCAUGGCCCCUAAGUAGGACCAAAACACCAGACGCCCAACCAGUUGUGCAACCACCAAAGCAAAACAAUAAAAAAAAAAAAGAAAGUUUGCCCGUCCUGAGCCCGGAGCCAUGGCGAACGCGAUCCCGACCACUCACAAUGGCAUUCCACUUCUUCCGCGUCCGCAGGGCGCCGACGACCCGCUCCGCUGGCCGAAAUCCAUCAAGCUAGCUGCGCUUUUCGCAUCGGCCAUGACGAAUUUCACAGCCAACUUUGCGGCAUCCGGUCUUUCUGUAGCCCAGACCAUCAUAGAGGCGCAGUUCAACAAAACGGCCAACGAAUUCAACACACUGAUGACGCUUAACUUUCUCCUCCUUGGCAUCGGCAACCUCUUCUGGGUACCCUUUGCUGUCAAGUUCGGGAAGCGGGCUUCACUGAUCACUUCGACAACUUUGCUUCUUGCUGUUCUGCUGUGGAGUGCCAACGCCACCACCUUCAACCAGCUGCUUGCUGCGAGAUGUAUUUCCGGCUUUGCGUCGGCUGCAGGCGAGAGUAUCGUGCCGGGAGUUGUUUCCGACAUUUUCUUCCUCCAUGAGCGCGCCGGCAAGAUGUCGUUCUUUACCAUCCUGAUCGCUGGUGCCUCGGCGGUUGGCCCCUUGGUGGCUUCCUUCAUCGUGCAGUACAGCCCUGGAACCUGGGUUGACUACAUGUGGGUUUGUGUGGCCUUGGCUGCGUUCAACGUGGUCCUGCUCAUCUUCGCCCUGCCUGAGUCAAAUUACCACCGCGAGAAGCCCGAGGCGGCGGACAACGGCGUGGAGACCCAGGAUAUCGAAAUUCGUGAGCCAAAGUCGCAGGCUGGUUCCACCGAUGCUGAAAAGGUGGACUCAGUCGAGGUGCAAGAAGACGAGAACCCCAUCGUGGUUCACAAGCCCUGGUCAAGCAUCUGGCCGACCUUCAUCACUUUGAACAAGUCACAGGGGUCUUUCUUGCAUGCGUGUCUGCGCCAGCUCACCCACGCUCUGUACCCGGAUGUUUUGUUUGCCAUUUUUGUCUACGGAUCCAGUCUUGCCUCGCAGAUUAUCCUGAUCUUUGCGUUCCCGAGCUUGCUCCUGGCACCUCCGUACCUCUUUCAGCCCACCGGCGUGGGCUUGAUGCAGGUGGCCGCCAUCAUCGGUCUCCUCAUCGCCACAUUCCUAGGCGGCUACCUCGUCGACGUCAUGACGCAGCGCAUCGUUGUCCGCCACCGCGGUGAAGUCUUCCCAGAGCAGCGACUGCUGACCAUCAUACCCGGUUGUCUGGUCGCUCCGGUCGGCUGCAUCCUGGCGGCUUUUGCGUGCGGUCAGAAAAUGCAUUGGGCUGUUAUUGCCGUGGCAUUUGGAAUGGUCUCCUUUGGCACCGUCUACACCCCCAACAUCGCCGCCACCUUCGUUGUCGAGGGCCACCCCGAUCACGCCGAGGAGGCCCUGGUCGCCAUCAACGUUUUCAAGAACCUGGUCGCCUUCCUGUUCCUCUACACGGCUGUGGACUGGAUUCAGUCCCAGGGCUGGAUCCAGGUGUACAUGAUUAUGUUCAUGCUGGUCUCGCUGAGCAUGCUGGCCGCCAUCCCGCUCUACCUCUUCCGCAAGCCCCUGCGCUCCUACCGCAGCAAGAUUGAUAAGCUGUUGUAAGGUUUGAGUGUGAAGUAGGAUCGGGCAGUCUGGGCAAAUUGGGACAGCUGUGGAGUCCCGAGUGAUCCGAAUCGCGCAAGGGCCUUUUUACUUUGUGGGUGGGGACGACGCCGUAUUUGACUUGAGCCUGUACCCUGGCUGCGAGCCCCGAGCAUGCAUCUGAUUACCAGAGAUAGUGCUGAAGCCUAGCAAAAGACCGAAGAAGGGCGGCAGUGUGUUUUUGUUUUUCUUUUUUUUUGGUGUCAAAGUCUAGAACAGUUGAUGUUAUUGCUUAUGGACGUCUUUUACGCGUAUGAGUUUGCGGUUAUGGCAAAUAAUUCGUGCGAGUUGCUAUUUGUAAUUACUUGUUGUUAACUUUUCUUCCGAGUAUGAAAGCAAUCUGCUUGAGUCUGUUCUGAU